GCAUUUGGCCAGGGUUCGAGUCCUGCCCUAACGGGGGAGCGCGGAUGGUUCUCCAUGGCUGGGCAUCCGCGACGGCAGCGCUAUCUCCUCCGAUCACUCCUCCAAGAAGAAGAAUCGAUCGUCCGCCGCAUUGCCUGCUGCCGAAAUCCAAGCUCCGGAGCUGGCUAUGGCCCCAUCGGAGAAGAAAAUGGAGCAUCCUCGCCGGCAACAGCAGCGGCAGUGAAUUCUGGCAAUGGCGCCCCGGAUCGUCUCAAGCGGCAGGGAGCAGCAGCGCCAGAUUGCUGCGCCUGAUUGCGAGGUCAGUAGCAGUGGUGAUCGUCACGAUAUUGUCUGGGGUUGUGGCGCUGCGAAUUCGAGGUCUAGCGCAGGAUUACAUCGAGACAAAGCUCUUGCCACCGAUCGCGAUGCUGCUUGGGGAGCGGCUUUCCAGGCAAGUGGAGCUGGGAAAAGUGGCUGGGCUUUCGCCGCUGGGAAUCAGCCUUAGAGAUUGCUCCAUUGGGCCUCACGACCAGGACUUUUCAUGCGCGCAACUUCCGGUUCUAACCAUCCGCAUAAAUCCGGUUCGUAGCUUCCAGCGCCGCCAGCUCGCGGCAGACUUGAUCUUAAGUCACCCGCAUUUGCUCGUAGCACAAAGGCAGGACUGGACGUGGCUGGGGCUUCCAGCGGUUCCUCCCGAAAAGAUCAAAAGGUUGCUACAUGAUGGUGGUAAUGACGAGACUGUGGAUUCGAGGACACGAAUCCGGCGGCUUGCCAGGGAAUCGAGCGCGCUCAAGCAGGCUGACGAGAGGAUCAAGGCGGCCCGACGCUCGGCCAACCUUGGGUACAGGCCGGCAGCAUUUGGAAACGAUAACUUGGAAGCAGGGAACAUAGCAGUGGGAGAAGAUGGCACUGCGGCUAUGAGGGGGCCUUUGCACGGUGCAAAAUCGUGGGUGAAGGAACACUUGCCUAGGCAAACUUCGUCAGCGUCGGACAAGGCUUACUUCCAGAAAAAGAAUCUUCGAGCUAGCGCUGCAAAAGCUCGCACGUUUUUCCAGAAGACAGGCGGAGCUCCGGUUGGCAGCCACCGUAUUCCACCCUCGAUGUCGCAAUCUUACAAGACUACAGAGUUUGAGCGAGCCCGGAACAGUAAUGCUGUUGACUUAACGAGGCAAUCGUCCACAGCAGCAGCAGUUGACGAUCUCCAGCAGGACGGAAAGUCGAGCACAAGUCCCGUGACCAUUGAGUCUGUUUACAUCAGAGAUGGAACCUUUCUACUACUUGCGUUUGGCGACAAUGAACCAAGAGUCCUGGAUCAGUUUAAUGGGCGUGUCGACUUUGCUAGUGACUACCAAGUUAUAGACGCGCAAGUGUCUGGUGUUCCGAAAGUUUGGAGACGACCCGCGUCAGAGCAUGAUGCAGGGUUGCUAAAUGUGGUCGUCCAUUCUGACAUUAAACAGCAACAAUGGGACGUCAAGAUCAAAGCUCGAAAUCUUUUUGUUCCACUUGUAGAGAGGUUGCUUGAGCUGCCAAUCGAUUUUUAUAGUGGAACGGCACACGGAGAGGUUCACGUUAGAAUGAACAAUGAAGACAAUUUUCCUCAACUUGGUGGUAAGGUGGAUAUAAAGAAUGUCAGCUUCAAAAUCGUGGAAGCUCCAGCUGCAUUCAAGGAAGUAAAUGGAACAAUAUUUCUACAAGGGCAGCGAGCUUUCCUUCACAAUACUAGUGGUCUAUAUGGUAAAAUUCCCGUCAAUGUUUCAGGAGACAUGGACGUAAAUCCUGAAAAUGGAGAAUUUCGUCUUAGCUGUCAGGUUCCUGGAGUGGAAGUGAACUCUCUUAUGACCACACUCAAAGUCCGUCCGCCUCCUUUUCCAGUUGCUGGCGCCGUCAAGGCUGUGGUGUACUGUCGUGGACCCUUGGAUGCGCCAAUAUUUGAAGGAAGUGCUGAAACGUUAAAGAACCGAACGGAUUUGACAUUCAAUGCAUCGCCUUCUAAAGCUAUCGAUUCAAUCCGAAACAACCUUCACAAAGGUGCAGCAGCUGCUUACGAUAACGUUGCUUUUACGAUGGCUUCUGGAAGUUUUACUUUCGAUACCGAUGGUGCCACGGCAAACAUAUAUGGAAUCAGAGCGACGCCAGUCGGUGGAGGAGAGAUUCGCGGUGCGGGCGAUAUGUGGAUCUGUCCUGAGGGCGAAAUUGAUCCAACGGCCAUAAGGAUCGAUUGUUCAGGAUACGUGAUGAUCAAUGAUAUUAUUGGAAGCUACACAACUAAUGAAAUGAAACUGCCGCUUUUUGGCGCGAUGCACGGGGAAGCUAAAGUUCGUGGAUCACUUCAAAUGCCGGUAUUUGACAUCAAAUGGGUUAUGCCGGAUGCAAAGGGAUCAUUCACCGGAUCACGAGGGGAUAUUUCUAUAUCGGACGAAGCCAUUGUCUUAAAUUCCUCUUCAUUUACUUUUGACGUGAAUUCUAAGAUGUCUACGGUACCGGUUGCAGUCAGAAAAAAUAAGAGUAUACCGACUCUAGAAGGCUUAGAGCUCGACGCACGAUUUCGAGGAUUUGAUAUACUGGAUUUCCUACCUUCUGCGCCUUCUAUUUCACCUGACAGUACACAAAUGAAGGCCACCUGUAAGCUUAAAUUCCAGGGCCGUUUUGUUUCCGACAAAGAUACUAAGAUGUCUGGGCUGGUUGGUGACGUUUCUCUUUCGGGAUUGAAGUUGAAUCAACUUCUAGUUGCUUCUCAUUCGAGCGGAUUGCUAGACGUGUCAGGAUCUGGCUUUAAGCUGAUUACAAGUGGAAGAGGAAAGGAGCAUCUUACUGUUCAAUUAUCAAAAAAUGGUCAUGAGCCAUCGUCGUUUUCGUUGCAGAGAGGCAAACUUCAAGUUGAUGCUUCUCAUUCGCCGCAUUCUUUGGCAAAGUUAGAGAUCCGUAAUCUUCCACUGGAUGAGUUGGAGCUAUCGUCAUUGAGGGGUAUGAUGCACAAGGUUGAUAUACAACUUAACCUUGACAAGCGAAGGGGCCAUGGUUGCUUGUCAGUCGGACGACCAAGGUUUAGUGGCAUGCAAGGCGAGCUUCUUGAUGUAUCAGCCCGGUGGUCAGGCGACGUGGUUACGUUGGAGAAAUCUCUGCUUGAACAAGCGGACAGCACAUACGAGCUUCGGGGUGAAUACGUGCUGCCAGGCCCUCGUGAAAAGGCUGUCGCAUCGGGCAACAAAAGACACCUGAGUGACGGAAUGUGGCAGAAGUUGAUGGCAGGACAUCUUGAAAAUGCCAUCAGCUCCUUAGGGAGGUGGAGGCUUCGUCUGGAAGUACCUAGAGCGGAGCUGUCGGAUAUGCUACCUGUUGCUCGUCUUCUGUCUAGGAGCAGCGACCCUGCAAUUGUAACAAGAUCUAAGGAAUUGUUUUUACAAGAGGUGGAAAAGGCUGCUUUUCUUGCACACAGUUUGAAACAGCAAAUGGAGUUUUUAAAGAAAGAAAGCGCUACGUCUCCUCAAGAUCGAAGCUCGGCAGAUUCGUUGCCUUUGCCGGGUCUUGCAGAAUUGAAUGGCCGUUGGCAUGGUACAUUUGAAGCAAGCGGCGGUGGAAACAGUGACAUGACAGCAAGUUUGGAUCUUCACGGCGAGAACUGGGAAUGGGGUGUAUAUAACAUUCAAAGUGCUGUGGCGACUGGAAGCUACUGUUACACGGACGGUCUCCGGCUUGAGAAGGUCUUCUUACAGAAGGAUACUGCAACACUCCAUGCCGAUGGGAUGCUCGGGCCAAAUUCGAACCUGCAUUUUGCUCUCUUGAACUUCCCUGUGGAGCUUGUGCCGCCCCUGAUGCAAGCCAUCCAAUCGUCCUCUGUCGAACCUCUCCAGUCUUCGGCACCGCAUGCUCCAUUGAACGGAGUCCUGCAUAUGGAAGGGGACCUCAGAGGAGAUUGCAACAAGCCAGAAUGUGAUGUUCACGUAAGAUUGCUCGACGGGGCUAUUGGCGGUAUCAACUUAAGCAAGGCGGACUUGGCUGCAUCGGUAACAUCCGGGAACCAGUUUGUUUUCAACGCUCGACUUGAACCUGUCGUGCAUGCGGGCCAUGUCUACGUGAGAGGCAGUAUACCGUUGGGGUCCAAGGCUUUAGAUCCACAGUCGAAGUCGAGAAAUGCUGCUGUGAAAAGGUGGAUGGGCGCUAGUAUCAACAACAGGGGCCAUGGCAACAGUGAGGGGCAAACUGAUUAUAGUACAUCAUCGGAGUGGGAUUUCAUCGAUGCAGGAGCUUUAUACGUUGACGUUGUUGUCAAGGACAGUGGGAUGAUGCUGCUGACAACAAUUACACCAAAUAUGAAAUGGCUCCAAGGAAACGCGGACGUGAGGCUUCAGGUUCGAGGGGCAUCCGAGCAACCGAAGUUUGAUGGAAUGGCUGUCUUUCACAAAGCGACUGUCUCGUCCCCUAUACUACCAAAACCAGCACAUAAUAUUGGCGGAACUGUCACCGUGAAGAAUAAUGAGCUGAUUGUUGAUGCUAUCGAAGGCAAAGUUGGGAAGAGAGGAAGGCUUUUGAUUAAAGGUAAACUACCUUUGAAAGCUGCUGUCGAUAGCAGUGACUGCAGUUUGGAAGUGAAAGCCGAUUCUCUGGAGGUCCGUGCAAAAAAUAUGUUGAGUGGACAAGUAGAUGGACAGCUAUCUGUCAUGGGAAGCCUUUCAGAUCCCGAACUUACAGGUGUCGUCAAGCUCAGUCGGGGCGAACUGUAUCUUUCUCAAGAAAAGAAUUCGAAGGCGGCAACCUCGACUAUCCCUCGUGCUUUGUCAGAUCUCGAGUUGGUCAAAGAAGAAAGCCACGAACGUAAACUGCCAGUGGCCGUACGCUUGAAAGGCUUGAAGCUGCAAUUUGGACCUGAGUUGCGAAUGGUUUACCCUUUGAUAUUGAAUUUCGCGGUAAAUGGAGAGCUGGAGUUUCAUGGAUUUGCUGAUUCCGAACGUGUCAAGCCCAAGGGAGUGCUGACGUUUGAGAACGGUGAUGUAAACCUUGUUGCUACUCAGGUGAGAUUGAACAAGGAUUAUCCAAACCGUGCCAAGUUCGAACCGGAACAGGGUCUCGAUCCUAACUUGGAUUUAGCAUUGGUCGGUUUGCAUUUCCAGCUGAAAGUUCAAGGGCGUGCACAAAAUUGGCAGGACAGCAUUGUUUUGACUUAUGCUCGCUCUGGAGAACAAGACACAUUGACUCGUAUUGAAGCCGCUAAGCUGUUUGAAAAUCAACUUGUGGAUUCGCUGCUCGAAGGCAACGGUCAGUUUGCUUUCAAGAAGCUUGCGGCUGCUACGGUCGAGACACUCAUGCCGAAGAUAGAAACCAAAGGAGAGUUUGGACAGGCUCGUUGGCGGCUUGUUUACGCACCGCAGAUUCCAAACCUCCUGUCCCUGGAUCCUACAACAGACCCGUUCAAGUCGCUUGCAAACCUCUCCUUCGGUACGGAAGUUGAAGUGCGACUCGGCAAGCAUCUACAGGCAUCAGUGGUGCGACAAUUGAAGGAGUCGGAAAUGGCGACGCAGUGGACACUGAUCUAUCAUCUCAACAACAAGUUGCGCCUCGUCUUCUCGUCAAUUCCUUCGGUUGACAACAGGCUACUGCUCGAGUAUUCGGCGUCCUAAAGUAGAAACAGGCACAGGGUUCGCCAUCGUCACAGCACAGGGACAAGGCUCCAAAUCCUCAAAUCCCCGAGUCCUAGCAUAGCAGCGCACAAAUACGCAGGUCGGAGGAGGUGCAACCGGAAGAAAAAGAAAUAAAAACGCUGGAGAAGGUUAGUGGCAAUCAGCAUCAUCCAGCAGAAGCAGAGCCGAGGGGAAUUGCGUGUUUGGAUCGUAGCAGCCCAAGAAUCAAGGUGGUCCGUACAUUAUGAACAUAUGAAAAAGGUGAAGGUGCCAGUUUUUCUUCA